AUGAUGAUCGCGCGACGCCUGCUCCGAUCCAAUGCCCCCGCCCAGGCAAGCAGCUUAUUGAAGCAUGUAACUGGCACUGCAAGUUUGCAAGGGCAUGCGGAUAGUUUGUUGGAUGCCUCAGUCAGACAUUUUAGUUCAGCUCCAUCUGCCCCGUCUGCCUCAACUGAAGAAAAUGGGUUUAAGGGCCAUGGCAUGUUGGCACCUUUUACAGCUGGCUGGCAGAGCAAUGAUUUGCAUCCUCUAAUUAUUGAGAGAUCUGAGGGUUCCUAUGUUUACGACAUUAAUGGAAACAAGUACCUGGAUUCUCUUGCAGGAUUAUGGUGCACAGCUUUAGGUGGUAGCGAGCCUCGAUUAGUCAAAGCAGCAACUGAGCAAUUAAACAAAUUACCCUUCUACCAUUCCUUUUGGAACCGCACAACCAAACCUUCAUUGGAUCUUGCACAGGAGAUCCUUAGCAUGUUCACUGCAAGGGAAAUGGGAAAAGUUUUCUUCACAAACAGUGGUUCGGAAGCAAAUGACUCUCAGGUCAAACUAGUAUGGUAUUAUAAUAAUGCAUUGGGGAGGCCAAACAAGAAGAAAUUUAUUGCACGAUCAAAAGCAUACCAUGGAUCUACAUUGAUAUCAGCGAGCCUAACUGGUCUUCCUGCCCUGCACCAGAAGUUUGAUCUACCAGCACCUUUUGUUCUGCACACUGACUGCCCUCACUACUGGCGAUAUCAUCUUCCUGGUGAGACAGAAGAAGAAUUUGCGACUAGACUUGCCACCAAUUUAGAGAAUCUUAUUCUCAAAGAAGGACCAGAAACAAUCGCUGCUUUCAUUGCUGAACCUGUGAUGGGUGCUGGUGGUGUCAUCCCUCCUCCAAAGACCUAUUUUGAAAAGGUUCAAGCAGUGGUCAAGAAGUAUGACAUUCUUUUCAUAGCAGAUGAGGUUAUCACUGCAUUUGGAAGGUUGGGGACUAUGUUUGGAUGUGAUUAUUAUAACAUCAAGCCAGAUCUAGUUUCAUUGGCCAAGGCUCUUUCAAAUGCAUAUGUACCCAUCGGGGCAACUCUUGUUAGCCCAGAGAUAUCAGAUGUGAUUCAUUCCCAGAGCAAUAAGCUUGGUUCAUUUGCUCAUGGAUUUACAUACUCCGGUCAUCCAGUUGCCUGUGCUGUGGCCAUAGAAGCUCUGAAACUUUAUCGCGAAAGGGAUAUUCCUGGUCAUGUCAAGCAAAUUGCUCCAAAGUUCCAGGAUGGAAUUAGGGCGUUGGCGGACAGUCCAAUUAUCGGGGAGAUACGUGGCUUAGGGAUGAUUAUGGGAACCGAAUUCACCAACAACAAAUCACCGACCGAUCUAUUCCCUGCCGAAUGGGGCGUUGGUGCGAUCUUUGGAGAGGAGUGCCAGAAGCGCGGCAUGCUGGUCAGGGUUGCUGGCGAUGCCAUCAUGAUGUCGCCGACGCUGAUCAUGACGCCCGACGAAGUAGAUGAGCUGGUAAGCAUCUAUGGGGAAGCCCUCAAGGCCACGGAGGAGAGGGUGGCAGCGCUGAAAUCCAAGAACUAG